CGGUAAUGUACAGUAAUCCAAAUCAAGACAGGAAAAACAUAAUCCUAUAUAUAAACUAGUUAUUGCGUUAAUUUGCUCAACAAGAUUAAUUUCUCACUUCCAUCAGAGCUUUUCUCUUAUCGCAGAUAUGGCAGCCAUGGCAGCCACGAAGGAGCUCUAAUAUCUGGCAUGAAGACAGAGGUUGAAAGAAAAGAUCAGAAAGAAGAUGCACAAGGAAAACAGCUCUUCUCUAUACAAAUCCCCACAGGAAAGAAGCAUUAUGGCUCUUCUCAUACCCUUAUAUCUGAAAGGGUAAUUAAAGAAGGCAAAGCUUCAUCAAACUUGGAAUCCAAGGAUUUAGGUUACAAGGACAAGCGCUCUGAUCAAGCAGCAAAAAUCCCAAGACUCAAGGAAUCAAGAGAUUACUCAUUUCUGCUAUCUGAUGAGACAGAAACACCAACCGCACCGCCGUCAGGCAACGGUUGCCAUAGCAAGAACAGUAAUGGUAAACCAAAACUGGCAUCAAUGACUUCAAAGGAGCGACUCUGUAAUAACCUGCAUUCAGAAUCACCUGCUAAUAACCGCAACUUGGAACGGAAAAAACCACCAGAUAAUAAGCCAAGAAUCGGGCCAAAACAGACAGUGCAAAAGCAAAAUGCAGCAUUGCAAGAUGGUCGCCGGCAACCCAAGAAAAGGACUGACCGACAUGAUAACGAGGGGCAAAAAGCUAUCAUGAUGGUCAAAGAAGUGUUUAAUACAAAAAGGUUUAUUGGACGCGAUGAUGCUGAUAUUGUCAUGGAGACCAACUUUGAGGAAAUUAAUAACGAAGAGAAAAGAAGUGAAAGACUUGGAAGGGAGGAGGAUAAAGAACAGCUCCGGCUGAUAGAGGAAGAAGCGGUGCGAGAGCGGACCAGAAAACUAAAGAGGCAGAGAACUCAAUCGACAGUAGCAGUCAUUUGAAUCUUCCAACUUUUGAAAGUGAAAUUAUAUUUAGGACCUUUCAGGAAUAGGGACUGUAAUCAUUUUUUUUUUUAUUUUGUACGUUGUAAUCUUUUUUUUUUUUUUU